GCGAGAGGGCAGAGAAGGGAAAAUGCAGAGACGAGGGAAGGAGAGGAGCACAAAGAGGGGAAGGCAGAAAAUGCAGGCGCAGCAGCUGAGAGCUGAGGGAGGGCAGGUCGCCUCCCUGCCCCGGCAGCGGAAGGGAGGGCGGUUUUCGAUGCGGCGUUAAGAGAGAGCAGGGGACAGCGAGAAGAGAAAACAGAGGCGAGAAGGUUUUCAGAAGACGAAGAGGAGAGAGAAGAUCGAGAGAGACAGAGAGAGAGAGGUCGUAGAGGGGAGAAGGAAACCGAUAUCGAGUCGCAUGCGUCACACACGGAGGCAGGAGUGAGAGAGGUGAGGGAGGCUUGGGGUGUUCUUUCGAAACUUACCACCUUUUUGACUCGUCUCUUUUGCUUUUCUCUGACGUCUGCCUGUCGUUUACACCACUUGAAAACCGAGACGCUCGAGAAUCUGGAGGCUUAACUCUCUGAAGCUGAGAAAGGAGAGCAUGAGCAUGCAUGAUGGAGCUCGGCGCGGCGCGGAGAGAAGACACUUGCGCGGUUGAGACCGAAGACGAGGAGGAGGGGCGAGUGGUGGGCGGCCUGGGGAAAAAACUCGCGAAAAGCGCCGCCUUGCCUUUCUCUCUCGUAGCGCCGUUUGUGUGUCGAAAAGUCUUUCUCUGGUGUGUCGCGUUGUUUUUUGCCGUAGAUUCGCUCCCUUUUCCCAACUUUUCUCCCCUCCCAGGAAACGCGCGAGAAGCGAACUUCUUUUUUCGGAUUCUCUCUUCCUCUCUUUUUCACCCUUUCUCUGCGCUCCUUCUUCCAUCUCUGUUUCUCCUCCUCGCUUGGCCGCGCCCAGAUAGUUCUCGCCUGAGUUUUCCUGAGAAAACCUCGGGAACUCUCGGCGCACCUGCUGGUCCGGACUUUUUGAGAUUUUCAGACUGGUUUUCCUGCCCUCGCUCUGCCCCCCUUUGCUGCGCGCCGCUCUCGAGGUCGACGUAGACGCUCGGACCCUCCGAAAGGCGCGUCUCUCUGAGAGAGUCGUCCUGCUCUUUUCUUCUGUCGUCUCUCGCUUCCGCGUCCGUCCCUCCCGGCCUCCUCUCUUUCCACCACAAACACACACACUCACACAGCCACCUACGCAUAUUCGCUUGCAGGGGAUCUGGUUUUCUUUUUUCUCCGUAGCCUUUUUUCGCGGAGCGUCCUCGCGCUUCGUUCCACGCUUUUGCGUUUCUCCGUUGCCGCCAAGAUGGGCCGGACCGAGGCUGCAGCAGCUGCAGCAGCGCCACAGGCGCACAAGUCGGAGAGGCGGCUCUUUUACGGCUGCUUCGCGCUGCUUGGAGCGACGAUGGCCGUGUCGCACUUCCUCGCGCUUCCGGUCCUUCUGCAAAUGGUCGUUUACACCUUUCCGAUCGUCUACAUUGGCAGUCACGCCUCGCUGAGGCAGAACGAAGUCGACGAGGUCACCGGAGAAAAGUCGAACAAGGGCGAGGCGAUGAACCACACGGACGCGAUGCUCUUCCCCGUCUUCGGCUCUGUCGCGCUCUUCAGCUUGUACGUCGCCUACAAGUUCCUCGACGCGUCCUGGGUGAACUUCCUGCUCACUCUGUACCUGACGGCGAUCGGGCUGCUGGCUCUCGGCGAAACGCUUCAUGUCGCUCUCUUUCCGUUGUUUCCGGACUGGGCGAAGGACGAGUCUCGUCUGGCCUUCAAGCUUUGUUUGCCGCACAUUCCCGUGCUCUACCCGCGUCCGAGUCUCGAGACAGAGAGCGAGAGAGAGGCGUACGAAGCUUCUUGCAUGCACCGCUUUUCCUACAGCCAACUCGCCGCGUACCUCGUCGCCGCUGCCUUGUCUGCUCUCUGGCUAUGGAAGAAGCACUGGGCGCUGCACAACCUGCUCGGCAUCGCCUUCUGCAUUCAGGCCAUCAGCCUCGUGAGUGUGGGGAACUUCACGGUCGCGACGAUCCUUCUCUCGGGACUCUUCAUAUACGACAUCUUCUGGGUGUUCGGCACUGACGUCAUGGUCACUGUGGCCAAGUCUUUCGAGGGUCCGGCGAAGCUGAUUUUCCCUGUCAGUAUCCACCCGUGGCAGCACAGCAUUCUCGGCUUGGGAGACAUUGUCAUUCCGGGAGUCUUCAUCUCCAUGUGUCUCCGCUUCGACUACUCGCUGGCCACGGCUUCCGUCACAAACGGAAACGCGGCGAAAACGACCACUGUCGGCGCGUCGAUCGACAUCCACCAGAAAUUCAGCAAAUUCUACUUCUUUGUCGUUUCCAUUUUCUACGAGUUCGGACUCUUGACGACCGGAGUUAUCAUGCUGGUUUUCCAGCACCCGCAGCCUGCUCUCCUGUACAUUGUUCCCUUCUGCCUCUUCUCACUCUUCGGCGCUGCGGCUCUCAACGGCCAAGUGAAAGAAGUCUUGGCUUACCGCGAAGAUGAAGAGGAGAAGCCUGCAGAGGUCGAGGGAGAGUCUGAGAUGAAGGAAGAGAAGAAGCGCAAAUGAUCGGAGAAGGCCGCGCCGCGAGAGAACAUGAAAAAGAAGAGACCGUGUCGAGACGGAAACAAGGAAGAACAGAGACAGAGCGAAAGAGACAAUGAAGAAGGAACGGGAGGACACCGAACGAAUGAACCCGGCUGUCUCUCUCGCCAUGGAGAUGUCAAAGCGUCCCGGAGCUCAGGUGUAUGUACACCCUGGAGAGCUGAGGCGUACACGCAACGUCCGAGAGAGUUACCGGUGUGCAUGCAGCGAUCGACGUUCGUGGCGACUGGAGCUCCUGUACCAUUUCUGCAUGCGUGCGAAUUCGAUAGGACCUCCUUUUUUCAAUGUGUUCUAACCCCCUACUAAGAUAAGCACUUCUCCGCCUACGCUCGACGUAGAUGCAUGCCUGUAUGAAGAUAUAUCUACAUGCGUGUACAUACGUAUGUGCAUACACACAUAUAUAUAUAUAUAUAUAUAUAUAUGUAUUGUCGAGGGAAAGAAAGGCUUCGCUGGAUUUCAAAAGCCUUUCUUGUGCGCCGUACGUGGACGUCCUCCGCUCUUUUGCUGUCCGGAGUCUCUCCGUGCUCCCGUCUCUGACAUUCCGGUGUCUCUGCUCUGCGUAUGUUUCUAUGGUCGGGUCUUUCUUUCUGCGUGGCGCUUUUUCUGCAAGGGACAACGCGCUCCGAGUGUCUCGUAUCUCAACUCUGAGUUUGUAGAGUGGAGGAAAUUUUUUAAUCCGUUUACUGGACGUUGUUUACGAAGACUCUCCAAAGAAAGAUACGCGAAUGUCUCCCGCGAGCUCCACGUGUUAUUCCGCGUUCAGCGUCUGGGGUUUCCUCUGCCACUCUCCCGCAGAACAAAAGGGCAGCCUCGGCCCCCGACUCAUACGUGGGUGCGCUACAACACACACAGCCUGCUACAACUCUACAGAC